CGAAGCCACCUGCUAUUAGAAAGGGAAAAAGAAACCCUAUUUUUAGGAUAUAAAAGAGAGUCGAAGCCGAGAGAGAGAGAGAGAGAGCCCGAAAAUGGUGAAGUUUCUGAAGCAGAACAAGGCGAUCAUCCUCUUGCAGGGCCGCUAUGCCGGACGGAAGGCGGUUAUCGUCAAAUCCUUCGACGAAGGAAACAGAGACCGUCAUUAUGGCCACUGUUUAGUUGCAGGGAUAAAAAAAUACCCGAGCAAGGUUAUCAGGAAGGAUUCCACCAAGAAGACCGCCAAAAAAUCCAGAGUGAAGGCCUUCGUCAAGCUCGUGAACUAUCAGCACUUGAUGCCUACUCGUUACACCUUCGACGUUGAUUUGAAGGAUGUCGUCACAGUCGAUGCUCUUCAAUCUAAGGACAAGAAGGUGACUUCUCUUAAGGAGACCAAGGCCAGGUUUGAAGAGAGGUUCAAGGCUGGAAAGAACAGGUGGUUUUUCACCAAGCUCAGGUUUUGAAUCGUUGUUUUGCUUCAGUUUUAGAACUAGAUUUUAUGGAGAUGAUCGAACAACUUUUUUCCGAACUUGUUGGAUCCAUGUUUCUUGAGUUUAUGCCUUUUGAAUUCUGUAAUGCUUCUGUUUUUUGGCAUUAAUGCGUUAUUCAUUGCAAAAGUAACUUAUUUACUUCCCUUUUAUGUCUAUUGCUUGAAUUUAGACUCUGUUACUUUCCAGUGAGAAAUACAUUUGAAUAUCGGAUCCAA